AUGCAUAUACUUGCAAAAGUUGCUGGCGGCGAAGUUGACGAGCAUUAUGAUGUUCUCCAGGCAUUUUUUGCUGAAGGUGCCGACGGUUCGGGCUUAGUGAUGACGUUCCAACGGCAACUCUCUGCAGAAGAGCCGUGGAAUGGUGAUCCUUCAACAGACGAUUAUUUCAACAACAGUUAUUGCAUCACCUUCGGAUUGGAAGUGGUAUAUGGAGGGCUAGAGCAGGUCUCCUUUCUGGAUUUCCAAGGAUGCUUUUAUUUCUCCGAUCAUGCGGCUGCCGAUCUCGGUACAGGACGACUACUCGUCGUUGAUUUUGAGGUGUCUGAGCAAGACCGACAGCAGUUUCAACAGUUUCUCAGGGAAGCAGUGACAUGGGGAGUCCCUAGUCAGAUCCCUCAAUUCAACGGUUCAGCCUUCAAAAGUUCCAUCAUGGAAGCUGAAGCCCCAAACACUCAGCCAAACGAGCCACAAGAAGGAACUAAGGCCAGCAAUCACAGGAGCGAUCACCUCAAACUCAAAUUCAUUUCCCAAGAGCAACUGGAUCGCGAGCGUGGGAACCCUCCUCCAUCCCCUGGGCACAUCGUCCACCGUCUUUCCGACUUGCUUUCCGACUUGUCUCACUCCGAACUCGAAUUCGUCUCCCAAGAGCAACUGGAUCGUGAACGCGGAAACCCACCUGAUGAUGUGGCGGGUUCCAACGAACCAUCCCUCGAGGACAUCGAAUAUCUUUCCAACUCGACUCCUUUCCAGCAGAAAAUAUGCGAUAGCCUGCGCGGUCUGGGCUGGAUUGAUACCGACAUUUGCAACUUUCUGAUCCAGCUUGAGAACAUGCGAGAGCACAUACGGGCUGAACUGAGAAUGAAGGGGCAGAGUGAGACCGACAUUCAAAAGUUCGAGGACAUCUGUAAGACAAACAUGAAGGAUUUCUCGUACCUCCGACGGUCUGGCGCCAACCGGGCCCUCGAGGAAUACCAGACUGAGCUAUACCUGCUGCAUGAAAACAAGAGACAAAGAAGGGUUAUGUUAAAUGAAGAAUAG